AUGCAGGUUGAGCAUCCGCCCGCCCACCGGCCAGGCUCAGCGUCCCUGGGAGAGGAAGUGCGGGUCUGCGUCUGGGCCCGAGAGGGGAAGGUGACAGGGCCUCUGGGCAAGGUGCUUCCUGCGCGGCCACAGGGCCCCACCUGCCAGCAGGGGUCUGCCUGGCUCCUGGCAAAGUCUCGGGCUCCCGUUUGUUGUAGGCGCUCCUGGGGGAAAGCCAAACAUAGCAGCAGGCAGCAAAGAAGGCAUCCUGUCCCGCCGCCAACAGACAGUGGCGGCGCUCUGUGGCAGAGGGCUGCGGAAAGCCUGCUCGGCCCUCUGCCCUGA